UACAAGGGAAUGUAUUAAGUUUGUUUAGCGGUGGAGCGACACGAGUCGCGACAUCAUUCAGCUGUACUGCUGCUCACCAAUCUGACUUGGCAUGUCUCAGGACAGUCACCACGGCAGGUGGAACAUCUCCAGCAGUGAUGACGAUGACGAGGCUGUCCCUCUCUCUGGGACUACAACAUCUGAGUCCCGCCGACCCGCUGCAUCCGGUGAAAGCUCCCAUCGACCCCCUUCCCCACGGAGCCCCAGACUGGAAGCGGCCACUGUGGACGUGAAACCAGAACCAGCUAACGCCCCUGUGUCCUCGCUCGCCGUUGGCUCAGAGACCGAACGACCGGCAUCGACAGACCAGUUGACUCCUUCGAAGUAUGAAACCAGUCCGUCGUUGGCUGGAAAGCGGAAGAAAGAGGCGUUGGACGGCUCAGGCUGGGCUCUCUCGGAUAGCGACGAUGAUGAUAUAGAUGUGAAGGGGAAGAGCCUCGGUAUGAGGGCCCCUCCGAGCCCCAAGACAAAGAAACCCAAGGUGGAGACUGAGCGACCCCCGAGUCCCCACGGUCGCGUCUACUACAUCGACGAGCCAGAGGACUUCUUUGAGUCCAGCAUUCCUCGUUUGAGUGACAAAUACAGGUUUUACCUCAACAAAGUCACAGGUCUGGACAAGAAGUACAACAGUGGGGCUCUGCACAUCAGAGACAUUCUCUCGCCAUUAUUUGGGACCCUGAAAGAGUCUGCUCAGUUUAACUACUGCUUUGAUAUUGCCUGGAUGGUCAAGCAGUACCCAUCAGAGUUUCGGGAUUGUCCAGUUCUGAUCGUCCACGGAGAUAAGAGGGAGGCCAAGGCCCGGCUACUCCUGCAGGCGAAGCCUUUUCCCCAUAUUCACUUCUGUCAGGCCAAGCUGGAUAUUGCUUUUGGAACUCACCACACGAAGAUGAUGUUGCUGUGGUACGAGGAAGGUUUCAGGGUCAUAAUUCUGACCUCUAACCUCAUCAGAGCCGACUGGUACCAGAAAACACAAGGGAUGUGGAUGAGCCCCGUGUUUCCACGGUUACCAGAGGGCAGCGAUGAGAGUGCGGGGGAGUCUCCGACCUUCUUCAAGAGAGACCUGCUGGAAUACCUGGCGUCGUACCGUGCGUCAGAGCUCGAGGUGUGGAUCCGGCGAAUCGGAGAGCACGACCUGUCGGAGGCCAGGGUUUAUUUGGUCGGCUCAACCCCAGGGAGAUAUCUCGGCUCGGACAUGGAGCGCUGGGGCCACCUGAGGCUAAGGAAGUUGCUGUAUGACCACACAGAUCCUGUUCCCCGGGAGGAGAGCUGGCCUGUGAUUGGCCAGUUUUCCAGCAUCGGCUCCAUGGGACUGGAUAAGACCAAAUGGUUGACGGGUGAAUUUCAGCGCACCAUGACCACGCUGGGAAAAUCUUCACUCCGCUCAGACCCCCCCAUGCACUUGGUGUAUCCAUCAGUGGAAGACGUGAGAACUAGUUUAGAAGGCUAUCCAGCGGGAGGCUCUCUUCCCUACAGCAUCCAGACGGCUCAGAAACAACUCUGGCUCCACUCCUUCUUCCAUCGUUGGAAAGCCACUGCAACAGGGAGGAGUCAUGCCAUGCCACACAUCAAGACCUACAUGAGAGCAUCACCAGAUUUCACCCAGCUUGCCUGGUUCCUCGUCACAAGUGCCAACCUGUCCAAAGCAGCCUGGGGAGCAAUGGAAAAGAAGAACACCCAGGUGAUGGUGCGUUCAUACGAGCUGGGAGUCCUCUAUGUGCCCUCUGCCUUCGACAUGAAGACCUUCCCCGUUCACAAAAGUCAAUUUCCUGCCUCCGACUCCACUGGUUUCCCUGUGCCCUUUGACCUCCCCCCCACAUGCUACUCUCCUAAAGAUCAGCCUUGGAUCUGGAACAUCCCGUACAGCCAUGCUCCCGACACACAUGGCAACGUCUGGGUUCCCUCCUGAGCACAUAUAGACCAACCUGUGUUACUUUACAACUGCCGGUUGUAAUUGUCGUUACUGUAGCUGCAGUAGGUGUUAGUUGUAACAUUUAUUUUUUUAUAUUUUAUACCGGACUGUAGACUGACGUGUUUUCCACUAAUAAAUUCAAUACUGUUCUCAUUG